AUGGUACUCUUGGCUGACUGCAACUUCCCUGAACAGGAGACUGCUCAUGGAACCAAUCCUCAACUGUUACAGAGAAGUCUGGAUAUCCACAACUACACAUAUUCAGAUGGUCAGCCAGACAACCAUCUGCUUUCAAAUAUAGUUUCUGAAAACGGAACAGUUGCAAGUGAAUACGAUUCAUCUAGACUCUCGCCGAUAGACAUGGCCAAACACUCUUCUGCUCUUCCUCAGUCUUAUUAUUCUGAUCCAUCAGUUCAUCUUCCACUCUGGUCUCACCCAAUGGCAGCUUUGCAAUAUCCUAGCAAGGCUUUGGCUCAACCAUCUAAUCCAACCUCGUCUACAUCAGUGCUGCAUCACCAUAAUCAGCAGAACCAACCGUUUCCACAGCCUUCACUGCCAAUUGAUGCGGCUAAUAUGGCUGCUCCUGAAUGGCUUUCUAUGUACAAUCAUCAACCCUAUAUUUCGCCAGAAGUGGUUUAUUUCCACGACGCCAUAUCGGACACGUUGCAGAUUCGACACAAUCAUUCAUAUGGAGGCAACUAUGUUCUUGACAAUCUAGCACCCAUUUCAUGUGCUCAUUUUGGUACUCUAGAUCUGCAUCACUCUGCCCAGUUGAUUCCUCAACCAAGCCAGACUGUGCAGUCUCAUCAUAAUUCAACUAAUCUUCAUUCAGCUUCGAUCCCUAUUCAAGCUUCAUUUCAUCAUCAAUGGAAUCCACACUCAUACAGACGCUUCAAUCGCGCUGCUGGACAAACUCGGUUUUCAACCUCGAAAAAGUCGAGUAAAUCUCAUACUAGACAGGUUUCAGUCGAUACACAUCUUCAAUUGCCAAAAUUUCAUGUUUCACAAUAUGAUUAUGCAUAUGCACACAAGUCUGUUUCUCAAGAGAUCUGUUGCGGUGAUGAAGAUUGGCAUGAAGUUCAAUCUGCUGCAGAUUCUAUUGAUACUGGAACGUCUACAGAAAUCAAUUCCAUGGUAGAAUCUUUGCUUACACAAUCAUCUCGAACUAGCAGCUUACCCAAUGAGCCCUCAUCAGAGGAACGGCGACUGGAGCAACGUCAAAAGCAAAUUGACUAUGGAAAGAAUACUGUGGGAUAUCGUAGAUAUCUUGAAUGUGUUCCAAAAAACAAACGCCAAAGGGGUGAUCCAGAAACACCUGAAAGACAUAGCAAAUGUAGUAAGCGAGCAUGGGAUGCUCAUGUGCGCAGUUGGCGUCGAAGGCUUCAUCAAUACGAUCCUCCAGGCGAUCCCUCCGUUGAUUGUGACAAAGAUAUGGGGUUCGAAGAUGGUUCUAAACUCAAUAUAUCUGUGGAAAUGGAUGCAAAUAUGGCCAGGCUGGAUUUGUAUGAUGAUUCUCAUAUUGGAGCAGAACAUACCUCUACUGAACUGCCAUAUAAAACUUACCAUUUUGAACGUACUCUUAGUUUAAAACAGUCCCCUUUGUAG